UCUCAGCCUAUAGAUGGCGCUGUUACAGUGCUAGUAGGCGGAUAUGACAUCCUAACUACCGUAUUUGACUCUUCUUGGAUGUAAGCGCGGUCUAUUGGAAUUUACUAGAAAUAUUAUUUUUCUCUCUCUUGUGUGUGAGGUUUGGUGUUGAUCUGUGGUCUGAGUUUCCAUGGCCGCACCAGCCCUGCAACAGCCCAGUUAUCUUCUGGCCAAUUUAAAGCUAGACUGGACCAAUAAACCUCUUCAUCAAAGAUGUCAUGAGUUGAGCAAAAUUAUAGAUGAUUACCCUGCAAAGGAGCUGCAUGCCAUCUUUCCCUGGUUGGUAGAGAGUGUGUUCGGUAGCCUGGAUGGAAUCCUUACUGGUUGGAAUCUUCGGUUUCUGCAGGCUCGAUCAGCAGAGUACAACAUCGCCAUGGACUUCCUGGACCCGAGUGGUCCUAUGAUGAAAAUGGUUUACAAACUACAAGCUGAGGAAUACAAGUAUGAGUUUCCAGUCAGUUAUCUGCCGGGUCCUAUAAAGUCAUCCAUUCAGGCAGGGGUUCUGCCGGAUUGCCCUCUGUUUCACAAUAAAAUUCAGUUCCCCAUGUCAGGCCUUCUAUCUCUCAAUCCUUUUGAAUAUUAUAUGUUCAACUUUGCCUCCAGUCUAAUUGCACCAAAGAACUACCCUCCAGGGCAGCAUGGGAGUUGCUCAGACAGCGCGUACUUUGUGCUUGUCGACACCUACCUCAAGUACUUUCUUCCUACAGAAGGCAAUGUGCCUCCAUCACCUUUCUCAGACACCAGGGGCACCGUGGCCUCUCCUGCUCCGAGGUCUCCCAGUGUGCCUUAUGUUGGAUACGGUGGUUACAGCACCAGCCUGUUGAAGCGUCAUAUUACCCAUCAACCCUCAGUCAACGCUGACCCUGCCGCUCAAGAGAUCUGGAGGUCAGAGACUCUUCUGCAGGUGUUUGUGGAAAUGUGGCUCCAUCACUAUUCUCUGGAGAUGUACCAGAAGCUGCAGUCUCCUCAGGUGAAGCUGGCGUUGUUGCAGUACCGCCUCAGUAUGUCCAGCAUGCUGUGCCAACCCCCCGCCCCACCAGGCUCUGGGACCCUCCACACAUACCAAGAGCCCUUCACGCCUACAGAGGAGCACGUCCUUGUUGUGCGUCUCCUAGUCAAGCAUCUGCAUGCUUUCUCCAGCAGCCUGAAACCGGAGACAAUCUCCUCCUCGCCCUCUGCCCACUCCCACAGCAGUCCUCUGGAGGAGCUCAAGCGUGUAGUGGUGCAGAGGUUUGUCCAGCAAAAGCUGUAUGUCUUUCUACAACACUGCUUUGGACAUUGGCCUUUGGAUGCCUCAUUCAGAGCGGUACUAGAGACAUGGCUUAGUUACAUCCAGCCUUGGAGAUACACUGGAGAAAAAAACAACCCUCAAGCAGAUGGCGGCCAGAACAGAACUGUUCCCGAUAAAUGGGCCUCAUUUGUCCAGGAGAAUCUGCUCAUGUACACAAAGCUUUUCCAGGUCUUCUUGAAUCGAGCCAUGCGCACAGACUUGGUCAAUGCCAAAAACGCUCUGAUGGUCUUUAGGGUUGCCAAAGUCUUUGUUCAACCAAACCUGUCAGAGAUGAUCCAGAAAGCUGAGCAGCUGUUCUUGGAGCCGGAGCAUGCCAUUCUCCAACGACAGAACCGUGUCUUCCUGACACCUUCACAUGGUGGCAGCUUCCUUUCUUCCCGCCAGCCAAUGGGGACGGACAGCGUCUUCAAGGUCAAAAGUCAUGUUUACAGCCUGGAAGGGCAGGACUGCCAGUACAGCCUGAUGUUUGGUCCUGAUCUACGGAAAAUUGUGUUAAAACUCAUCCAGAUUAUUGCCCAAGCCCGACAGACGGCUAAACGGAUAUCGGAUCAUUCUACGGAAAUGGCUGCAAACAGCUCUUUUCUCUCGUGGUUUUCCGUCGGCUCCUUGGAUCAUAACAACACGUUUACUGGUGGAGAGAUGGACGAUUUGGGAGAGGGUGUGAAGAAAACUCACGAGUUCCUCGACAAAGCUCUGGACUAUCUCUGCCAAAUAUUUCGGUUAAAUGCAGGGCAGCUGUCUCAGCUGCUGGUCAAUGUGGCGUCUGUAGACGAUGAAGGAGCAUCUAAACAACUCCCUGACUGCAUACCGAGUGAGAAUGGCCUUGUGUUAACAGACCUGGGCAGGUUGCAGAUCAUCAAUGGUCUUCGCCGAUUUGAAAUCGAAUAUCAAGGAGACCCAGAGCUUCAGCCUAUCAGGAGCUACGAAAAUGCUUUUUUGGUUCGACUGCUGUUUCGGAUCUCAACCUUUAUUAAUGCGAGAUUGGGAGACCACAUGGAAGCGUUAUGUUCUCGACAGGACCUCCUAGGCAGACUAGGACGACACUACCUGAGCAGUUCCUCGGUUGUGGCGGAGCAACGACGGAAGAGUCCAGUGACGCAGCAGAUGAGGGAACGUCCUCAGCGAGUCCGUCUCAGCCUGCGGUUUCUGGCCAGCUAUCGCACCCUCCUCGUUCUCCUCCUGCUCUACAUGCUGUUUGCACUACUAUCGUUUGGUGUUUUCUCCAGCACUGGACUCAUUCUCAUCAUCAGCUUUCUGUAUGAGCUCCUCUUUAAUUUCCUUAAUGAAAAACUAAAGACUCAGUAGACGAAGACUCAUUAUGCUUUUUUUUUCUUUUUUUUUAUUCUUUUAAUGUCAAUACCAAACUUCAAGCAAAGGUGCAUGAAGGUUUUUAUAUACAGUAUUUGCACUGAAUGUGUAUUGGUACAUUUAAUGACUAAAAUUGAACCGGGAAUGUUGUAUCCAAUGCACCCCCCCCCCCCCUUUUUAAACUAUGAAAUGUGGUUAAUCCAGCUUUUCAGUCAUUAAGUUCAUUUAUAAUGGUGUUUUGCCAAUGUGACUGUCAGAACAAUCCAAAGUUCUGCACUUAACUGGCUGCAUUUCAUUAAACAUAAGUGUCUCAUUUGUA